ACCUGUUGAGCUGCCUGCAGGCCGUAGAGUGUGCUUUGGGUUUCUAGAUUUUAUGAGCCAUCACUCAGGCUGAGAUAGACUUUGGUGACGAAGCUGUCUUUGAGUCAUCUCUGCUCCUUGUAAGCAACCCCUCGCCCACAUUCCUAUUCCACCAUGGCUCUCCAAUCCGAUCAUGUGGAGCCCAAUUUCCACAAACUGGAGGAGAAUGAGAUCGAGGUGAGCCUUGAUGCUGAUGAAGCAGCAGAGGGAGGCAGCUUUGGAGAAGGUUCUCUAAAUCGCUCAGACAAACUAAAGUACGAGGGCAUCCCAGACAAGGAUGAUAGGAUCUACGUUGGAGACGUGAAGUACAUUGGUAAUGACGUCAAAGAUGAGGGCCAUGGGAGCCACCAAGGAGAUUCACAGCUGGAGGAGCAGAAGAACUUGGCUUCUCCCACAGUCCCACAGUUUCGGCGCACAAGGCCACGGAUCCAGUUGGGUCUCACGCCCAGGCAGCUGAGGGAAUCAAAGACUUUUGAAACUACUAAGUACCUGGAUGCGAUCACAAGAAGAAACCUCGCAAAGCACUUGUACCUGGCAGAAUCCAGAGUGAAGAGAUGGUUUAAGAGAAGAAGAGCCAGAUACAGGAAAGAACAGCAAAUGCUGCAGCGAGCAUCUGCUGACAGGUAGAAGAAAGCCAUGCAACAAAGCUUUUGGAGGAGUCCUGACGCAUCUUCCUGUCCAGGCAUCAGAGGAAGGCACCUUAGGCACUAAUACUACCC